AUAUAUACGUUAGAAUAUGUAUAAAAAGAAAUACCCUGUAUCGAUUUACGCCGCGCGCAAGCGUCCUUUGACCAUCACGUCGAUACCAAUUACGAUUUACCAAGGAAGAAAACAAAAUACCUCUUCCUCAAAUUACUGGCCAAAGUGUCAGUGUCGGUGAGGAUAGCGAUCGCCGCCGGCGUACCGGCGUGCGAACUAAAAUGUAUCCACCUUGGAAAUCUCCAUAAUCGCUCCAAAUCAUAUUAAAUACACUUUUAAAUUUAAGGUUAUCUAAGAAGUUACUAGUUUCAUGUCAAUUGUUGUUUAGUGAGUAUGUUUAUUGUGGUUCCAGUUGUUUUAAGGAAAUUCUCUUAGCAGAUAAAUAAAUGUACAAUGCCGGACUGGACAUGGCUGCUGAUGGCCGCGCUGUUCGGUGCGCUGUCGGCGCUGGCCGUGCCAGUCGCCCUCUUCAUCUACUUCGUCAGGCCUUUCGAAAAGAAACCCACCAUAGACGAGCAAUACUCUAUGCCAGUCACAUUGCCUCCAGAGAUCCUCAACGAGCUGACCCGCGGAGCAGGCAGCACCCCCGAGGGCGUGCUAAAUGCAAUGCUGCAGUUCAUCUUCCAGCAGAGUACCGCAGAUACUCGCUGGCUUCGCCGCCGCAUGGCCAGUGAGUUAGCCGAGCUACUCGCCAAGACCUCAUCCGGCAAAAUCUUUGAAUCGCUCACGCUACGGUCGUUAGAAGUGGGUACAGAGUUCCCGAGUAUAGCUAAUAUGCAGCUGCUUAGCGGCGAGCUGGAGGAGGACGGCGCGCGGCUGCGCUCCCUCGACAUCCGCUUUGACCUCGCCUACGAUGGCAACUUCAGGAUCGACGUGGACGCCGUCAUGUUGCUCGGCAAGAUCGCUAAUAUAUCUAUCACAGUGGAAAGCAUAAGUGGUAGCGUACGCCUGAUGUUCCGACGCAACCCGUACACGCACUGGGCGCUGGCGUUCGAGACGCAGCCCAAGCUGGAGCUGCGCGUGCGCGGCCGCUUCCAGGGCCGCCAGCUCAAGCCACGGCUGGCCUCCCUGGUCGCCGCGCACAUCAGACGAGCAGUCGCUCAACGACAUACGCUGCCUAAUUAUAAAAUAAGAUACAAACCGUUCUUCCCGAAGUCGGAGCCGGGCAGUGGGGACGGGGAGGAGGGUCCGACGCCGCAGGGCCGGCUGACGGUGCGCCUGGUGGAGGUGACGCGGCUACAGUGGCCGGGCGGCACCGGGCUCGUCAGGGCCGCGCUCGCUGUCGACUCACACGGAUGGGUGUCAUUACGGCGAGGUGUGUUGGUACUAGACAUAGUGGUGCCGGCGGUGACGGGCCCGCUGGGGCUGGUGUGCUGCCAGGGUGUGGGCGCAGUGCUAGUGGACACGGUGGUGCCGAUGUCCCCCGCCUACCGCGCGGACUUGCGCCGCGAUGAUGUCGUGUUAGCCAUUGACAACAAGCCCAUCAAUAAUGUCGCACAGGUGGGUAAACUUCUUCGCAGCGUGGAGCGGCGCGCAGUGACGGUGCGCGUGCGGCGGGGAGGCGCGGGGAGCGCGGGGGGCGCGGCGGGCGCGGGGGCGCCGGGCGCCCGGCGGGAGGACGAGCCGCGCAGGCUCCGCACAAACUUCUCCUUCCGACGGGUCUCCGAGGUCAUGGAGGGCGUUCGACUACAGAGUAUGCGCGCUGCUACCUCCAGAAAUAACUUGCUAGAAACUGAUUCACCAGCCAAAGUAUCAGAUGCAUCAAAUGACAUAGAUCAAAAACAAAAGUCAGAAUCAGCGAAGCAGACUACAAAGUGUACGGAGCAGGCCGGACCUGGGAACUUCGGUCUGAGGAAACGAAGAUGCUCCGUCGAGAAUAAAUCAUCAGAUAGCUCCGCAGGCAGCACGCCGCCCGCCUCCGGAGCAAGCACACCUCUUAGACAAGCGACAGUAAUUAAUAAAAUCGUCAAGCAUCCUGACAUACCGAUCAUAAAAACUGACUCCUCCGAAUGCAAACCUGAUAAAACGGAAAUUCUAGACGAAGAGGAACAAAUAUUCGAAACCGGCGGACCACGGCAGAGCGAGCAUGUCGAAAUCUGCCAAAUGUUUUGGACGAAAAGUAUCCAGCUCAAACCGAUUAUACCUUUCGAUGAAGAGACUGAUUUUAAACUCAAUGAAAAUCAUAAAUAUCUUAACAUUAAUGUGUGGGCGACUGUACCUGGCGAAAAGGACGAGCUGUUGUUGGGCUAUUUGAAUAUACCACUAGCGGCUUUACUUUCCGAAUGCCAAGAUUCGACGGUACCCCAUCAUAUGAAGAGAUAUCAGUUCCUACCGCCCGAUGUCGAUAUUAAAUUCAGCAAGAGCCACAAGCUGUCCUCGCACGCGGGCUUCGAGCCGUGCCUGUGCUUCGGCGACGCGCUGGUGUGGUGGGAGCGCAGCUCCCCGCGCCCCGCGCCCCGCGGCGCCGCCCCGCGCCCACAGCAAGCGCCCGCGCGCGCACAACACGACUUUGUACGCACGCACUUCCAUAGAUCGACACAAUGCGACUUUUGUAAUAAGAAGAUUUGGCUGAAAGAUGCAAUGCAAUGUAGAAAUUGUGGUCUGUGCUGCCAUAAGAAAUGCGUCACCAAGUGUCAAGAGUCUUCGCCUUGUAUACCAAAACAAGAGCGCGAUCCUUCAUCCAGCAGCUGUUCGCCUCCUGAGCUAAUCAUGACUGAACCUGACUCUAUGCCCGAUCCCGAUUCUGACGAAGAAGAUAAGCCCGACAGAAAAGACUCUUUGGAUGUUCAUGAGGAAGACGAACUAUUCGAAUGCUGACGAAAGAGAUGUUUUACGCAUUAUUUACUCCGGACUCAUCAGACAAACACAGGUUUUUUUACACUUGAUGUUCAUAUCCCCUUCUGUGGAACCACGCUGACUUGUGAACGAACCGCUUUGUUACCGUUACGUGUUUCCCUUAGUCAUCAAUGUGAGAAUAUUUUUUGUUUAUAUUACGUAAGAUCGAACACCAUGUAUAGCAUAAAUGUAUAGCGAUAAUAGGUCUAUUUUACUGUCUUUCUUUGCUUUUACCUUUUAGAUAUUUUGAAAAUUACAGCGUUCCGAUAAAGAAUCAUAAGAAACUUCGUUGUAUCAAGAUAAUUCCAUUACGCGAAAAACGUAUAACUGUAAAACUCUAGAUUACCUUGAUUUUAGACCUAUGUAGCGACAAAUCUCCAAAGACCGUGAUAUCUUAUUAUAGCAACAAAUAUUUUGCUCCACAAUAGAUUUGGACACUAAAUCUUGGCAAGAUUAUUUCAACCAUUUCUAGUCUAGUUUGCUAUAUUCCGUAUGUUUUAAAUUGAAAAUAUUUUCAUUGCCGUGACACCUGUAAACAAACAUAAUGUUUUGUUUGUGCAGGAAGUUUUAGUUAUCAAAUACAAGUUAUAUUCGAGGUCUG